AUGGACACCGAUGCGUGUGACCCCUCGCCCCUGUCGCCGCCCGAUCGUCCACGCUCUGCGCCUGCUGCUUCGCUCUUGUCGCGACCAAAGCAAUUUUCGUGGGACCCCGCCGACGCCGCUCAUCUUGGUCCUUCGCGAAUCACUAUCACUCGUCUAUAUCAACGCGCUCCCAAGGCCCCAUACCAUCACUUGCAGUCUCACGCACGCCCUCUUCUAAACGCUAUUCCCAAGUCGCCGGGUCCGCAAAAGAAAAAACGCUGUGUUAACCUCGAUGCUGGUCCGAACCCCUUUCACCCCCAAGACUCCGUCUCCGACGUGAGCUACAAUGAGCAUGACGCGCCCGUUGUUCUUCAAGACUUGCGUUCUUCAUCUGCACCGCCAGAAGACACAAACACACCUGAGCCCGUUUCUGCUCCCAGGAUUACCGACGACACAGCCAUCUUGCAUGCCUUUCUUAGUCGUGCUGCUGCAAGCAAGCGGCCUAUGGCCGUACACAAGCGGGAAUCUCUCGAGAAUCGCAGAGACUCGGAUGUCGUGCGCCACGCUCUUGCUUCCACAGACAAGCCUGAAGUUCUGACCGAACUCGAUCCGAACAGCCCUUCUUCGCCUCCCAAAGCUCUGUCGCCUGUAGAAGAAACCAAGCUCGGGCCCGAAACUACGAAGCAAGAACCUACUGUUGAGCCCCCGGCUCUUACCCCGGCCAAAUCCAAGGCACCCAGAAGGACAACACGCACGCGCGCGACCGCCGCCGCCCCUAAAAAGCCCGCAAAGAUCGCCAUUAGAAGUGCAGCCGAUCAUAUUGCGCUGAAGAGGACAGAAGCACAGGAAUUGUCUCUCCUCACAAGGACCAAUACGCGAAGAAACAAGGGAAAGAGCGCCAUGCCUCAGGCCAGACUUCUGAACAUUGGCGAGGAAUUCGAGGAUAUGACUGAGGGCUUGGCAGAGGGGGCCACGAUGGAAAGAGUACCGAGCGAGCGGCCGAUUGUGCGCAGAGGCGUACAGUGGAAUGAGACGUUGUGUCAAAUCCGGGAAUUCGAGUCCGACUCGCCCGACAGUCCUCCAAAGUCGAAAGCCCGUACUUCGAGAGUAUCUGCGAGAGCGUUGGAGCCCUUUGUGCCUCUCACAUCUGCUGAGGAGCCCCUUGAGGAACCUGCCCCAGAGUCCACCGAGAUGGAAGUGGAACUCGAAGAGCCAGCGCAACCUACUCAGACAUCAGAAGAAGCAACACCGCGUCCCAAAGCAGUACCCAGCAAAAGAAAGUCUCGCAUUGCAACUCCUGCUCGUUCUUCCAAACUUGCCAUACCGAAACCAACACCCACGUCCGCGCUACCACAACCCACAUUACCUCCUCCACAGCCCCAGACGGCACAUCCGGAACCUCUAACCACCAGUCUGGGAACUCCCAAGAAGCCCUCCACGCCGUUCAGUUCAUUGAAGCCCACCUCCCUAUCCUCGAGACUCGAUUUCGCUCCUCCGAAACACGAUGGAUCUACUGCGACACCUGCUGCCACGUCUUCUCUGCCUGGCUUGUCGAGUCCUGCAAAGAAGCGGGUAAAGACGGCUAUUGGAAGACCAGCAGUGAGGACGGCAACGGCACAGAAAGAUAGUGAGAUGCCAGGACUGACUUCUCCGGCAAAGAGAAAAAGACCUGGUGUCAAAUUCUAG